UUAAUUGAGGGAUUUAUUAAUUCGUCCUCACAGAUCCCCCAAAGACACAUGUGACCCAUCACCCCACACUGAAAGGAGAAGGCACCCUGAGGUGCUGGGCUCUGGGCUUCUACCCUGCUGAGAUCUCCAUAACCUGGCAGAGGGAUGGGGAGGAACAGACUCAGGACAUGGAGCUGGUGGAGACCAGACCUUCUGGGGAUGGAACCUUCCAGAAGUGGGCAGCUGUGGUGGUUCCUGCUGGGGAGGAGAAGAAUUACACAUGUCAUGUGCACCAUGAGGGUCUUCCUGAGCCCCUCACCCUGACAUGGGAGCCUCCUCAGUCCACUGUCCCCAUCAUGGCAAACAUUACUGUUCAGGUUCUCAUUGGAGCUUUGGCCAUCAUUGGAGCUGUGGCCAUCAUUGGAGCUGUGGUGGCUGUUGUGAAGAUGAGGAGAAACACAGGUAGGAAAGGUGGAAAAGGAGGGAACUAUACUCCAGCUUCAGGCAGGGACAGUGCCCAGAGCUCUGAUGUGUCUCUCCCAGGAUGUGAAGCGGGAAGACAGCUGCCUGUCCUGACAGAGUGACAGAGAUGUGCUCAGGCCUCUCCUGUGACAUCCUGAGCCCCUCAGUUCACUCUCAGCAACAGUGUCUGAUGUUCCCUGUGACCCUGUGGGCUCAAUGUGAAGAACUGGGGAUCGCAGCCCCCCCCUGCACACCAGGACCCUCUCCCUGCACUGCCUGUGGUCCCUUCCACAGCCAACCUUCCUGGUCCAGCAGGCAGGAGGGGACAUCUCCAUCCUGUCACCUCCAUGCUGCCCUGA